AACGCCUUUGCCACCUAGAUUGUAGCCAGCAUGCUAUAAUCUCGUCGGGGAUAAAUAUUUGAGGUGUUUAAAGGUGAUAUUGCAAUACUCCUAACACAACUUUGACCAUGGGGAAGAGGUACUACUGUGACUACUGCGACCGGUCCUUUCAGGACAACAUGCAUAACAGAAAAAAGCAUCUGAAUGGUGUUCAGCAUCACCGAGCAAAAAAAGCUUGGUUUGACAAUUUUAGAGACUCUGCAGCUAUUCUGAAUGAUGAGCAAGAAAAGAAGCCCUGCAGGAAGUUUCUCCAAAAAGGAAUUUGUGAUUUUGGCUCCAACUGCAGGUUUUCUCAUAUGACAGAAGAAGAGCUAUUUAACUUGCAAAGACAGGUGGAAGAUGAAAGACAACACAGAGAGGACUCUGAGGACAGAAUUAUGCCUGGACGAAGUAUAGAAGAAUGGCUCUCGAGAAGGGAAAAGAAGAGAGCUGCCCUCGGUAGUAAAGGAGAUCUAAAAACCGAGGAAGACAGUGAGGAAAGUCAAGCAGAAAAUGGCAUACUUCAGCAGCUCCUCUCCAUUCUUGACCUACCGCCCUCACUUCAACCCCCUCCUCCAGGCGGGUGGAAAAUCAACAUGAACACUGAGUGGGGUUGAGUGACAUUCGCUUUGAGGGUUCAGAUGACUGUUAAGCCAAUACCUAACAUUAAUAAAAGGAGGAAUAGUUCAGAAAACCAAUAUUAUUUUAGUUUUUUAAGGAUUUUCAACAUGAAAGGAAGAUUUCACUUGUUGUUUGUUGCUGUUUUUCGUUUGAAUAAUAAAUUUACUUCUCUUAGAUGAGUAAAGUAUUUGCAUAUAUUCCAAAACAAAAUCUGAGAUGAACAGUAACUGUACAACAUUGGGGUAAUUGAUGCAGUUUUUGCACUGAUAAGUCACAGAGUGGCCUUAAAGUGAGACUCCUCUGAGGAGUUACAUUUGAUAUGAUGUGGGCCCAAAGGGAAUGAAUGAUUGCCGAGCAGAUGGAAACCUUUUUUUUUUUUUUUUGCAUGGUUUUAAUUCUGUGCUGCAUCAUGGGGGAUUCCUUGAUCUCCAUCCAUCCAUCCAUUCGCGUCCGCUUAUCCUUUUCAG